AUGAAAGCACUAGCAUCUACUCUGAAAAAUCUGGCGAAGGUAAAGAGUGAAAAAGAGGAGGAAGAGAAAAGGCAAUCAGCCAAUUUGAUAAACUAUUUUUGUCGUUACUGUUCAAUAUUUAUGAAGCACCUUAAUGCUAGAGAUCUGACAAAAAUUCGGCUGUUAACCGAUGCUCCGAAACUUAUUCGCAAAGUACAUAGAGAAAGAAAUUGCGCUGGGCGAAACCUAACUCGGGCAGAGAAGCGGCUUCAAAACCUGAAAGGGAGAAAACGAGUCAGGUCGUUGCUCCAGAAAUUUCCGAGCUCCCGGCUCCCCGGGAGGGAGCGCGGGCGCCAGCGGCGGGGAGGGGACGGUGGCACCUGUCACUCGAGCGGCCCCCACGGGGUCUCGGGAGGCUCAGCGGUCGCCGGCCUGGGAGUCGGGUGCGAGUCCCUCCCCGCCGCCCCGAGCCUUGCGCCGAGCGUCGGGCCGCGGCCCUCCCGUGCCCUCUGCCCAGCGGCUCCGGCCAGUGGGGCCCGUCGCCUCAGGCCGAGUCCCCGCCACCCGAGGCCGGGGCGCCGAGGGGAGCGCUGUCGAGCCGCUGCCUACGCCUCCGGGGUGCCGGAGCGGACACCCGCGAGGCGGGCCCGCCUCCGCGUACUCACCGGGCCUCCCGUGCCGCCGGCUCGGCCCUCCUCUCCCUCCUCCCCCCGCCGCCGCCUCUCCCGCGGCUCCCCGGGCGGCCGCACUGGGCGUUGGGACUGGUCUGGGUCAAGUGUCGGCAGAGCUGGGGGCAGGCUCGCGCCGGGCGGGGGUCGCGGUCGGCCCCCAGGCUGGGCACUAACGGGUCCCGGGGCGCCGGGGCGGACCGCGGCGGUGAGCGCGGCUGCAGGCUGCGGUCGUAGUGGACUAAUUUUACAGGCGAAGUUAAGUGACUUACCCAAAACCUCACAGCUAAUAAACGGCAGAGCCGGCACCCAGCAGUACUGGCUUCCAAUUCUGUGAGCUUACCAGCGCAUCACAUUAUCUCCAUAAAUCCCCCUGAUUCAACUAAUAUUAGACGCCCCACAGCUGGACCCUGGACACGGUGACUCUGAUUCAAUUAUGCAGAUGACCACAAGCCUCUGGGGUUGGCAGAGCCACAAGAAAGAAGGUGCCUGGAUGAAGGAGAGCUACCCACUGACCUGGACACCCAAUUAUUCAUCUGUCUUAGACCUAUUGGAAUCCUGGAUCACUGUGGGAAAUGAAAGGAACUGGUUUUUAGCAAGGAGACCAAGAAACUCUACUCCCUAGGGGCUAGCAAUGAGAGAAAGGAAGCCUUAAGUCUUUGAGCACAGGGUGACAGUUUGGGUCCUAUGUGAGAUGAUCAAAUCCACAGCAACAGAGGAAAGGACAAAAGGAAAAGGUCUGUAGCAGCACUACAUCAGAAAAAAUGGAUUCAGCAAGGAAGUGGGUGACUCUGAGUAAGCAUCCAUGUCAGGAUGGUUUUGCUACAGCCCCCAACAAAACAUUAAUUAGUUUAAGAAACUCAACUUCGGUUUACAAGUGUUUUGGAAAAGUAACAAAGAACAACAUAAGUAACAAAAUAAUUCCUCAGGUCAUUACAAUGGAUGUUUCCUAUAACUGAAAAAUAUGGUUAAAAAGUACAAACUACAUUUGGUGUGCAAACUGUUUAAUUCUUAAUUCCAAACUAAAUUGUACAUUAUAUAGUAAAAUUUUGACCAGAAAAACUUGGAGAUUUUAGUAAAAAUUUCAUUGACAUAUUUACAGCCCCAGUGUAGUUUGGCCGGUGUGCAAAGCCUGAGUAAGGAGGUUAUAGAAAAAAAUAUCAGACUUAAGCCCAUCAAAUCAUUAAAGAUGCUUUGGCAAGACUUCAAGCUUUACAGACAUACUCCAUGUGACCAGAGAUGUCAUAACCAGUGUUCUUUCUCUUGAAAUGUUAGAAUGCUUUAGUUUUAUUCUAUAAUUUCCGUGUUCCAUGGAACAGCAUUCAUUUCUCCCAAUUUUAGUAACAUAAUGAGAGAUAUAUUGAGUGUAAGAGCAGGAAAGACAUGAAAACUUAUAUUGCAUAAUAUUAGCAAACAAAAAAGAUAGCAUUAUAAAUUUUUAAAAAUCCAAAAAAAAUUCCAGAAAUAGAACAGUGAGCAUGUUUAAAAAGUCAGGACUGACCGUUUCUGUGAGUUCUGAGGACUGUAAAUGAGCCUCAAUCCAUAAAGCUGAGAGGUUGUCUUAGCCCACAUAUGCAGCAGGUGACUCCCUCUGACAAAAGCAAGAUUUAGCUGGAUCUUUUAAAAAAAAAACAAUAUACUUGUAUUUGAGAAUAACAAUAAUAUAGUUAUAUUGUAACAUACUUUUAUGAUGUACAUUUAUAUUAUAUAAUAAUACAUACUUGAUAGAUAUUUUAGUCUAUUACUAGUUUUAUUCUUCAAAUAUGCCUGGAAAAACAUUUAAGCGUAUUUAUAAAUGUAAAUAUUUAAAUGUUAUCAAGUAUUGGAAAACAUGUUUGAUUACUAUGGGAAUAUAAACUAAAACUCCCCGAGUAUAUAUAGAAGAUGUACACAUCUAUAGCAUAUAAAAGAAUUAGGGAUUCCUUCCUCCCCUUCUUCCUUUAUUCUGAGGAAAGAGGUAGUGAACUUAAGCUUUAGUUUUUAACAGGUUAGAAAAAGGAAUCUUUUUACAUAUCUACUAAAAGUUCUAUUAUUCAAUGUCUAAGUUUUUAAGUCCCUUGGUUUCCUAGAUACUUCGAUGGAAUCAGCAGCCAUUGAUCCAAUGCCAACUCCAAGACUGGAACGUCGCAAUGAUAGUUCCAAGGCGGAAAUUUGACGUAAUUCUUUUCGACACAGUUUUACAGGUGUGACACCAUGAAGUCGUCCCACAUUUCCCACAACCUGAAUUUGGGAUGACAGUCGACUGUGAGAUUUUGUAAACUGAUUAUCAUCUG